AUGUUCUCCUCCCUCGGCCAUUUUCGCAAUGUUCCGUGUCCUCGGCAGGACGACUGCAGCCUCCAAACCUGUAUCUUCUCACAUAGCUGGAGAGUGCCUAGCCCUGAGGCAGACCAUGGCCUCAACUCUGCGAAAGAAUAUGAUCCGUUCAGCGCGGGGGAGAUAUCAUCUCCGCCGUCGAAGAGAAGGAAGCUAGAAUCCCCUCCCCACCAGCCAGUGAUUUCAAAUGCCGUGCAUCCAGACACUAGAGGCUUAGAAGUGUCUACCCCAGCAUCGUUCGGACCACAGCCGCCUUCACCGUCACGGACAGUGAGUCAGCUCGCGCGAGAAAUCCCAACUCCAAGCCAGAUUCGACGCCAUGUGAUACAAGGGCAUGCUAAAGGGAAGCCGACUUCUCUCGCAAGACCUGUGUCGCCUCCACCAACGAAACUCCGCAAUGAGUCUUCAGUCCUAAUCAAGAAGCAACCGGUAAAAGUUGAAUCACUAACUCCGCGAAACGUUGCAAACGCCCCGGCGCUCUUGAAGACGAGAUUGACAGUGCUGCAGAAGCUGCACGAGGAAAUGCGGACUCAAAAUAGCAAGCUUGCUGAUUCGGACACUAAGCACAGAUCGCUCGCGCUAGAUGAACAGGAGUUGGUAAGGUUCGCCCUCGACGAAGAGGAAGCCGCUACAAAACUGGGAGGCGAAAUUUACAAGAAUACCAUGGCUCAAAAUAUUCUGCGAACUAGAAAGAUGACUAUGAAGGAGUGGGUCGAGAGAGUCUCGCAAUGGACUGGAGCAACAUCAACGGCCAAUGUCCACGCUAAGCCAGUUGACAAGAGGGAUGAUCUUCUUUCGGCAGGCUUACCAUCUCUGCACGAACAGGUUGCUGUCCUCAAGCAUCUCCACACACCUUUGGAAGGCCUCGAGAAGUUCGGUUAUGUGACCACGCAACCAUCCAGCUCCGAGCUUGCUUCGGUGAAUGCGGGAUUGGUAGCAAUCAGAGGCUUUGAAAGCUGCGAUCGAUGUGGGACGAGAUUUCAAGUCUUCCCCGGCCGAGAUGAGACAGGACGCUUGACAAGCCAGGGAAGGUGUCGUUAUCACUGGGCUCGACCAAAUCGCACAGUUCCCCUGAAGAGGGAUAGAACUCAAGGUCAAUCGGAAGCAAUCUACCCUUGUUGUAACAAGCCACAAGGAAGUGAAGGCUGUUCGGACGCCGACUCACAUGUAUUCGUGGUCAAAGACCCCAGGCGCCUUGCGACAAUCCUGCAAUUUGAGCACACUCCAGAAAAGUCCGACAUCCGACUCAGACAACCCGUUUCCUUCGAUUGCGAAAUGGGCUACACCACGCAUGGGAUGGAGGUUAUUCGAGUUACGGCCGUCUCGUGGCCUGACGGGAGGCUUCUACUUGACGUCUUGGUCCGACCUUUUGGGGAAAUCCUGGAUCUGAAUACUAGGUUCUCUGGAGUGACAAAAGAAGUCUAUGCAUCAGCGCUGCCGUACGAGGCCGCUCUCUCUGAAGGCGUCCAGGAAACGCAUCUCGACGACCGCCAGCUCCGUAAAGUGGACUCGCCGGCCGCAGCCAGGCAAUUGCUGUUCGAGCACAUCAGUCGAGAGACUCCACUGAUAGGCCACGCCAUUGAAAACGACUUGAACGUUGUGAGGAUCAUACAUCCCUAUGUGGUCGACACAGUCCUCUUGUAUCCUCACCCACGAGGAUUACCGAUAAGAUACGGACUGAAGCUGCUCAGUCAAAAGUAUCUGUCCCGGGGUAUUCAAACUGCGGGCGAGGCUGGACAUGACUCGAAAGAAGACGCAGUGGCUACGGGAGACCUGGUCACGAAGAAGGUGGCAGAGAAAUGGAAACUGAUGAGAUGUGAAGGGUGGGCAUUCAUGGACGGAAUCCUUAUGGCACCAGAGGAGACGAAGCCGUUGGAACACGUGCCUUGA